AUGACUCCAAACAUUAUUACCGAAGCUCAUUCCCACUCAUUCGGCUCUCGAAUGACUGUAGCUCAGAGAAAAGAGGCACAUGAACUGAGAAAGACUCUCAAGCCAUUGAUGGAAAAGAGAAGGCGGGCUCGCAUUAACGACAGCCUCAAUCACUUAAAAACUCUUAUUCUCCCACUGGUCGGCAAAGAUGCUUCACGUUAUUCAAAGCUCGAGAAAGCCGACAUUCUCGAAAUGACCGUCCGGUUCCUGAGAGAUCUUCCUUCCUCAUCAGCUAAAGGUCAAACAAACAGCUAUAAAGAGGGCUAUAAAGCCUGUUUACAGCGCAUAUCUACGAUGCUCCCGCAGUCAAACUUGGAAACAGAAGCCCGUCAGCGCGUCAGCGAGUUCAUCCAGCAGUCGAUGGUGUCUUCUUCAUCGUCCUGCCUGAACUGCUGUGCUCAGAACUCAAGAAUGAUUUCACAAAUGCACCAGAGACUUGUGAGCUUGAGGAACAACAGCUCAAUGGAGAACCCCAUUAGUACCGUGUCAGCUCCAAGCCAACCUCAGCCUGCGCAACAGGCAGCUGAGGACAUGUGGAGACCGUGGUGA